CCAUCCUUGGCUCGUGCUUAGGGGGUAAUCUCGCGAAGACGCGGCGGAGAAGCGACGGAAAGGCGUCGGAGGCGCGACGGAAAGGCGUCGGAGGCGCGACGGAAAGGCGUCGGAGGCGCGACGGAAAGGCGUCGGAGGCACGUUGGCAGUUGUUAUUCUUCUUCCCUCCGUUCUGAUUCGCGGCAAGGAGGAAGCUUCCUUCUCCUCCUCUUCUUCUGUUUUUUAUUGGGUUCCGUAGAGGUUUCUGUGCCGAUACCUGAUUUUUGCGAACUGAGAUUAGGGUUUUCACUUCAAAUCGAUUUGGGAAAUCCUAGGUUCCCUCUGUAUUCGAAAUUUGGUUGGGAUUCUUCUUCCUUGUAGAUCGGGGGUGAGGGCUUCUGCGUUUUGCGGCGAGGGUUCGGUUGGAGAUUUUGAGGGUUUUGCAGUUUGAUAUUCGUCUCUCGAACUGAGGGUUUCUGGCUUGCUAUCUGAUUCUUGGUUCUUCUCAUAGGAGGAAGAUGAUAGUUUUUUAAAAUUUAAAAUAAUUAAAUUUCACGUAACUCUGCCACCUGUCUCACACAUGCAAAGUCAGCAUCCUAUUUUACUACAAUUUUAACGCCAUUCAUUAAAAUUAACGGCAAAGUUUUAAUUGAUUCAAUUUUACAUAAAUAGGGACCUAAGUGAGAUAAAAAAAAAUACGAGGACCUAAUUAAGACGAUUCUACACAAAUAGAAACAUUCAAAAUGAUUAAACCUUAAAAAUACUUCUUAGAAAUUACCAAUUUCUUUUUUCUUUUUAAUCAACGUAUCUAUCCCAUAAUUACACAGUUCUCUACAUUAUUAAAAAAAAGAAAAAAGAAAGAAAGAGAGAGAGUGAUUAAAUGUCUCAGAGUACCUAACACCACUGAGGGAGUUCUGAUGAAACAUGUUAUGUUCUGUGGCCAACAAUAAUAAUGUACACAACAACUCUUCUCCUUCUGUCCUUGGACUUUGAUUUUUCUGUAUUUCCAUACUUUAUCCAUUUUUGGCAUCUGGGUUUCUUUCUUCUUUCGCCAAAAUCGAAUCUUUCUCAUCUGGGUCACUCUAUUUGCCCUUUCAACUUACUCAUAGGUUGCGUACCGUGAUGGCUCUGUUCUGUCACAAUGAGUAGUGCUCUGAAUAAGACCAUUUCUUUCAACAAAACUUAUUCCGUCAAUCGAAGGUCCCUCGCCAUUGGAAGUCCCAGAGGCAGUCUUAACAACACCACCAACAACCGCUUCGGAUGUGUCUCUCUCAGGUUUCAGGUUCUUAUCAUCACUGUCUCUGUUCUUUCCUUCUUUGUAGCCGUAGGUGGCUACAUGUACGUCCUUCCAAGCCUUAGCCAAGCGUUUUCCAAUGUUCAAGUUCUUUCAUCUGAACAUAACAAUGGAUCAGUGAGAGAUUGUGAUGUGUUUGAUGGAAGCUGGGUGCGGGUUCAAGAUCACCCUUUGUAUAAUGCCACAGAGUGCCCUUUCGUAGAAAGGGGAUUCGACUGUUUAGGGAAUGGGAGGAGUGACAGGGAUUAUCUUGGAUGGAGGUGGAAGCCUAGGAGUUGUGAGAUUCCAAGGUUUGAUGUGCGUGGUGUGUUGGAAAUGUUGAGAAGCAAAAGGGUUGUUUUUGUCGGGGAUUCAAUGAGUAGGACUCAGUGGGAGUCUCUGAUUUGCAUGCUCAUGACUGGUGUUGAAGAUAAGAGAGGUGUUUAUGAAGUGAACCGGAAUCAGAUAACAAAGAAGAUCAGGUUCUUAGGGGUGCGGUUCAGUGCCUUCAAUUUCACCAUUGAGUUUUUUCGCUCGGUUUUCCUGGUGCAGCAGGGCAGGAUGCCUAGACAUGCACCAAAAAGGGUCAAAUCCACACUCUUAUUGGACAAGUUGGAUGAUAUAAGUGACCAGUGGGUGAAUUCAGAUAUUCUGAUAUUCAAUACUGGGCAUUGGUGGGUUCCAUCUAAGCUUUUUGAUAUGGGCUGUUAUUUCCAGGUUGGAAGCUCUCUUAAACUUGGGAUGUCAAUUCCUGCUGCCUUUAGAAUAGCACUUGAAACUUGGGCAUCAUGGGUUGAGAGAGAGAUUAAUAAAAAUAGAACACGCAUCUUCUUUAGGACUUUUGAGCCAUCUCACUGGAGUGAUCUUACCCGUAGAAUUUGCAAUGUGACACAGUACCCAACAUUAGAAACUGAUGGAAGGGAUCAAAGCUUGUUUUCAGAUACAAUUUUAGACGUUGUAAAGAAUGUUACUAUUCCUAUAAAUGCUCUCCAUGUUACUUCUAUGUCUGCUUUCCGGAGUGAUGCACAUGUUGGUAAUUGGAGUGACAAUUCAUCUAUUCAAGAUUGUAGCCAUUGGUGUCUUCCUGGAGUACCUGAUAUGUGGAAUGAAAUUAUCCUGUCCCAACUUUUUUCUGAAUCUGAAAUUCCUUUUCAACAAAUUGAAUCAAUCGAUUAGAGAGACUAACACUCUUAGUUGUUGCAAGCGUACCUCAAAUUCUGAUGCCUCCUAAGAAGUAUGGAUCGGAUUCCAAUACCAUAAAUCUGAAGCCAUCUCAUUCUUCAAUUUUGAACUCUGCCAUCGACCAUGGUUUUCUUCAACACUCAAAUGUACCAGGUUUUGUAAAAGUAUGGUCCAAUUACACAUAACAGCUUGUUAAAACAAAUUAAACAGGAAGCAAUUCUUUAAUUUGCCAAUUCUUUGUAUAUCAGUGAAGGUAUUGUCUGAGAUGCAUGUCAUGAUUUUUGGUUUUGGUCAUGACAAUACUGUUCUGCAUAGGAAAAAGCGAAGGAGAAGGAAAGUACAGAUCAAUCAAUUUUUUUUUUUUCAGAUUCCGUCUUAAUUAUGUAAUUGCUCUUUAUUCAAAUGGAUUUGUGUUUAAAUCCUUGCUUCACUUGGAUGCGGUUUCUCACUUUUUCUAUCGGCCUUGUGAAAAAUGGAGGCACGGCACCAUUUGACAGGAUCAAUCAUGGGAUCACCCCUAUUCAGAAUUUCAGACACUUCAUGUUCGUAUCUAUAUAUGUUUUUCACUCAAUACAUUGCGUUUGGAACAAUCAAAGAUUGUGUGGAGACCCAUCCAGUCAAUUGUAAAUAUGGAUAACUCGACAUGUUUUAGAAUAUUUGACAUCUUUGGAAAACAAAAAAUCGGUGGACAAUCUGGAUACACAAUGUAAAAUCCAAUUACAGUCCAUAAAAGGUACUGUGUACAUUCCCACAAGUCGACAUAUAUCAGUUUCUGAAUCUAUGUUUCGAUGGGACAUUUA